AUGGCGAACGUGACAGUGGAGUUCCUAGGCGGGCUCGACGUCGUCGUGCAGAAACAGCGCGUCCACAAACUACACCUCCCAGCAGAGGUCGUCUCCGUAGGGGACCUCAUCGAGUACAUAGCGAGCACGCUCAUCAAGAACCCAAGAGACGUCGCUGUGUUCUUGGAAGACGGGGGGGUCAGACCGGGGAUCAUUACGCUUAUUAACGACACGGACUGGGAACUCGAGGGACAGACCGAGUACGUCCUGGAGGACAACGACGUCGUUUCGUUCACCUCCACCUUACAUGGCGGUUGA